AUGGCCAUGCACGCUUGCUCAGUAGGGUUGCCAUCUUUAAGAUUUGGAAACCAGGACAAGAUUCCUGAAAACCCCGGAAUACAGAACCCGGACAUGUCAACAGGUCCAAUCAAAAUAAAUGAUAACGUCGGUAAAGUAUUAACAGAUAUCAAUAAUGUCCCAAAGGGCGGAUAUUACAUUCCUAAAGAUUGUUAUUCACGACAUAAAGUUUCGAUACUGGUUCCGUAUAGAGACCGAGAGGAGAAUUUGGCUGCGUUUCUGUACAAUAUACAUCCAUUUCUAAUGAACCAGAAGCUGGAGUACAGGAUAUUUGUUCUCGAACAAAGUGGAGUCGAACCCAUUAAUAAAGGUCGGUUGUUCAACGCGGGAUUCAUCGAGAUGCAAAAGUUCGGUACCUUCAACUGUGUGGUGUUUCACGACGUGGAUUUGCUGCCAACUGACUCCAGGAUCCUGUACACCUGCCCGACCUUUCCGAGGCACAUGUGUGCAAACAUCGUCAACAAAACUGAUAUUGAUUUUACAAAAUUUACAUUCGGCGGUGUGACCUCAAUGACAGUGGAGCAGUACAAAAAAGCAAAUGGUCACUCUAAUGUAUAUUGGGGAUGGGGAGGCGAAGAUAACGAUAUGUUCUGGAGAAUGCGACGUGCUGGUUUCCCAGUAGUGAGAUACAACAAAGAAAUUGCAAAGUUUAAAAUGUUGCCGCAUCCAAAGCAAGAUCAAAAUAAAUACAGGUACGAACUUUUAAAAACAUCGUGGUCAAGGCAAAAAGGCGAUGGUUUGUGCAAUGUGGAAUACAAACUGCUCUCAAUUGCACUGCAUAAUUUAUAUACUCACCUAUUAAUUAAUGUAAAUCCGUACAAAGAAAAUAUUACUGAAUUGAAUAUAAAAUGGAGUAAAAAGAAAGUAGAGGUAGUAUAG